AUGCCUACCCUCGACUAUGAGAUCAAGAAUAAUGACUUCUUUAAGCAUUUGGGUUGGAAUAAAAGUCCCGGCAUUGAUCUGGUCCUUCAACAACUUCGGAUAUGCUCACAAACGGAAAUCCUCGAUGUCUUUGAUAUUUGCAAGUCAAUCUACAAACACAUGCAGAUGAUUGUGAACUCGCAUGAACAUGAGACUGAAAGUUUGAGAAGAUACACGCAGCACGAAAAAUGGAUCUUGGUUAAUGGAAAAUUUUAUUCGUCCGGAAACGUGGUCUUCGACCUUCCCCGAGACUUUGGAAAUGAAAACACGCUAAUAGUAGGACUUCCAAACGAGUAUAAGGUUAAUUAUGGAAAAUUGUUUGAGAAGAUGGGAGUCCGUUUGAAAAUUGGGAUUCAAGAUUAUGUCGACAUCAUUAAAAUGUAUGUCAAGGAUGAUCCCAACGUGGAGCUGCCAGCCGACGAGAUAAGCAAAGUGAUAGAAUUGAUUGAUCAGGUUUCGAGGGAGAUCGUUGGAGAAGAAAGUCCUAUGGAUUUAUUGCACGGAUUACUCGUACCAACCGCACGAGGAGUUCUCGUGAGUUUAGGCGAAAUUCAGUAUGACAAUAUGGGUUCGAGGUUAAGUGACGAAGAGAAAGACGGAUAUUCCAUUGCGCAUCCUUCCAUAUCGCUAAGUAUGGCGAAAAGUAUUGGAAUGCAGAUGUUAUCCGGGAAGUUCAUAGAAGAGGUAAAUGACGAUUUUAUGCCGGAAUUCUAUGAACAAAAUGAGUCCCUGACUACUCGGAUUCGGAGCAUCAUCAAUGAUUAUUUGCCGGGCUCGGUAUUCAAGGAAUUUCUGCAGAAUGCUGAUGAUGCUGGCGCUCGUAUUUUUCGAGUAUACAUUGACGAAAGAAAUUUCUCGAAAAAUUGUUCGAAUCAACCUAGUUCUCUUUUGACCGAAGAAAUGCGAUUUUGGCAAGGUCCCGCUGUGUGGAUAUAUAAUGAUGCAGAGUUUAGCGAUAAAGACUUCAAAUCAUUGCUUAGACUUGGAGUUGCAGACAAAUUGCCCGAUACCACGAAAAUUGGUCGAUUCGGAAUUGGAUUCAAUUCGGUGUUUAACCUUACCGACAUUCCGAGCUUCGUGAGUGGUGAAUAUAUAGCAUUUUUAGAUCCGCAUGCCAAACAUCUUCCCGAGUUAGGUAGUCCACGGAGAAGACCACUCGGCAAUCGGUAUAAUUUCGUUAAAACAAAUUUCAGCGAGAGAUGGCAUGAUCAGGCCGCUCCGUACAUAUCCAUGGAGGGGUGCGAUUUAAAGUCGAAAUAUAACGGAACAUUGUUUAGAAUUCCGCUUAGAAAUCACAAAACUGCCGAGAUGAGCGAGAUAUCUGAUAAAUUAUUGAAGCCCAGUGAUCUCCUAGAUCUAUUUAGAGACAUUCAAGGAAACAGAGAGAUGCUGUUUUUAAGAAACGUAGAAGAGUGCGGCGUGUACUAUAUACGUAACUUAAAUCCAGAUUUAAUCUGGAAAGCCAAGAUCGAUAAUAUGAGCGAGGAUGUGAGGAGGAGGCGCCAAUUAUUAACCCAAGAAGCAAAAAUAUUUCAGCUCGAAAUUGGAAUGCAACGAGGUGAACAUCGAAGUCUCGAGCAUUGGCUUUUAUGUUGCGUUCAGAAUGAGAAGGCGAAAGAAGAUUUAAAAAGUUUUUCGCACGAGAAAAAAGUAGUCCCUAGAGGCGGCGUUGCUGCAAUGGUAUCGUGGCCAGGUGAAAAUGAGAAGAAUUACCUGAGAGGUGAAAUGUACUCCUACGUGUCCCUUUCAAUAAGCAAUAACUUGAGUGUAAUGUUAAACGGCGAUUUUCUUUUGUCGAGUGAUCGAAGGAGUAUUUUAGUAACCGAAAAUGAGUCCUUAGAAGACAAAAGCAGGGAAAUAAAGUGGAAUAGAUAUAUAUUGUCCGAUAUUCUACCACCGCUGCAUGCCAUGUUACUCAACGAGAUUGCGAUCCGCGAUUCGAAACGGCUCCAGGAUAUGCGGCGACGUAAUAAUCCAGGUGAAAAGUUUACCCCCCACAUAACGACAAGAGAUUGGCCAAUAGUCGUUAGACCGGGUUUCAUCACGUCGGGGAUCUACCGAAAAUUUGGACUGACUGUACUUCAAAGGGUUAUUCAGUCUAAUUAUCCCAUAUUUUGGACCGAAGCAAACGGUGGAGAGUUUAUAUCAUUUAGGGAGGCAAUUUUUGCAGAAUCUGAAAAGGAAUCGAUUAUAUCUAGUGUCCUUGUACAUAAAAAUGUACGAAUAGUCAAGUUAUCCGGAGAGCAGUAUAAACAUAUUAAAGAACUUUCGAAAUCUAAAAAGGAACCCAGAUAUCAAAACUUUAUUACUCCCGAGUUAGUAUGCAAAACACUUGAAAAUAACAAGGACAUAUGGACUACGUAUAAGGCACCUGAUGGCAAACGAACUAUAAAGGAGGUUAUUAUUUGUUUGUUGAAAUUCGUUCUUGAAAAUGCGGAACAACAACAGGAUGCCAAGAACUAUAAAAGGCUACUAGGGUUACCUCUGGUUCCGCUUUAUGAUGAAACUGUCGGAGUUUUUGGGGAAAAAGAGUAUUAUAUCGCGAAGAAAGAAAUUAGGAAAUUAUUUCGUAAAACCGGAUCAUCCCACUUUGUGAGGAAGAGCGAGUUACCAAUCGAUUUUGCAAAGAAGGAAAUUUCGGAUUUACUGAAAGUCUCGGAACUUGAUACAAGAAGUAUCCUUAAACUCUUAGACUUGGAACUGCCCCGGGAAGAAAAAAUGGAAUGGAAUCCUUCGGGGCCUUCAUUCCCAGAUAAAAAAUGGAUCGAAGAAAUUUUGGCGAAAUUUAGCGAGUUUUCGGAGUUUGACUUUCAAAAAUUUAAUAAGUUCCCUCUUCUUCCGAUGAUUUUUCCACGAGAAAUGCUCGUCCGAUUCGAUCAAUCGAAGCCUUUAUUGCUUCGUGGAAAUUUCGAUAAUAGUAUGGUCCGUGUUCUUUGUAAAUUGGGCGUCAGGUUCACCGACUUAACAUUACCUAGCAUUGCACACCCAGCCCUCAAGGGUUGCAUAAUUCAACCGACUGAAGUGAAUGUCUUCAAGUCGAUUGAGCGAGCGAAAUCGGUAGAACGAAUCAAAUCGUUGACUCCUAUUGAAAUUUUGAAGCUCCGGUCAUUUGUUAAUGAUUUUUUGUCAAGAACUGAAAGAAACGAUCAAAUUUUGAAAAUCAUCCGAAACUUUCCAAUAUGGCCCGUACACUUUUCCGAAGGUUUCUUUGCGGCUGACCAAGGAUAUCUCCUCGAACAAGGUUUCCCGAUUUACUCGAUCCAGGACGUGAAAAUUUUCCGCACUGAUUGGGAGGCAGAUUAUAAUUCGUUGUUCAGCCUUAGAGCAAAUGAGCUGGGCGCAAUGGAAUACAUCCAUCGUUAUUAUGCCACGAAUUCAUACCGUACUGACACCAAUUAUGUGGAAUUCUUGAAGGAUCUUUUAUUGAAAAAGAAUAGUAACAUAGAAAAUUAUCUAAGUCUAAUCGAAGUUAUUCCAAACAAAAACAGCACGGAAUUUGUAAAAGCCAACACACUGUACGAUGCAAAUGUGCCUUUAUUUCGUGAUAUAUUCGAUGAUGAUAAAUUUUUACCAAUAGAGUUUCAAAAUAAUUCGAAUGUUUUGAAUGCUCUGGGAAGGAUAGGGUUAAAACGACGUGUUGACUCUCGCACAUUUAUUGAUUGCGCCCGUGAAAUAGAAAGAAAGGCUCGCGAAUCUCCAGACGGAGUAAUAGAAGUUAUUAAACGAUUAGGCAGAACGUUGAUGGUGGAACUGUUCACAAAUUACGAAGCACUUUCAUUUAAUCCAUUGCAGUGGAGGGUUCUCACGUCCAUCAAAUUUGUUCCUACCGAUGCAAAUCUUUCGGGACUCUUUGAGAUACAUACUGAUGCAAUAUCCUCUUUAGACUCCGUAUGCCUUUUCAAAUAUAAGGAUUUGAUAUGGACGCAAGUACCAUUACUCGAUAGAAUACUCGAUCCACCAAGGAGAUUACUAAUUGCUCGUCCCAAUUUAUGUGAGCCUAGAUUAGAUGAUAUUAUUAAUCACUGGUAUGAGGUUGCGUUAGAAAUUUCCCCCCAAAAAAGCGUCAAAUGGAGAUCAAACGAUGGGCAAAGGCAAUUUCGGGAAAUGAUGAAAGAAAUAUACGAAUAUUUGAAUUCGCAAAUAUGCAAUGCAAAUGAGGCAUACAUUGGUUCGAGGAUACGAACGGACGCAAAAUUAUUUUUGAAUGACGACAAUCCUUUUGAACCUGAAAGUUGGGUGGCGGGGAUUAACUUAGUCUACGGUGUCUCCGAAGAUGUCGGCGGGGGUCAGCGCAAGGUCUCUCCAUUUUUGGAAAAAUACAAAUCGUUACUAAAAUUGGCGGGAGCCGGAGAAUUAAAGGAUGUUCAUAACGAUGUAGUAGUGCGAAAACACGACCAGAUAAUUUAUUUGUCGGAUCAAUUGCGUGAGCUUCUUAAAGGACAAGAAAAUACCCUGCACCACGAUGUUGAAUUCCGUUUCUCGAAUAGAGGUGAUGAUAAAAGAGUUUACGCGAAUCGUUAUGUUCUCUCAGCUGCCUGUGAACAUUUUCGAACUGAAUUCAGCGGCUACAUGAGGGAAUCCAUCGAAGGUCAACGGGUAAGCGUGGAAAUCGAAGACAGCAAUCCCGCUGCAUUCCAAGCCCUUGUUUAUUGGCUCUAUGGUCAAUCCUUUGAAAAGGCGUCCGAAGCGUUGCCCCAGGACCCUUCGGAUUACUUAAACUCUCUGAUUGAUCUACUCAAUGUUUCAAACUUAUAUCGGAUCGACCCACUUAAAGAUAUUUUAGAAAAAACGAUAGCAAAUAAAUGUGAUGUAAAUAAUGUAAUAGAAAUUCUCAAGUGGGCAGAACUUUAUAAUGCGGGACAAUUGAAGAGUCACUGUCGGAAAUACAUUAUAGAGAAUGAGAGG